AUGGCGUCUGCGCAAGAUGAAGGGAGCGUGUCGAAGAAGCGAAUCGUCAUGUUCGUCUCCGCCGUCGGAGUCGGACUUGCCAGGUUGGUCGGCGCGCCUUAUCGCUCUAACGAUUCAGGAUAUGCUCCACAGCUUGCGGCCAAGCUCAACAUCACAUCAACGCAGUCGAAUCUUGUCGGACUUGGCGGCAAUCUCGGCGUCUACCUGACGGGUCCGUUCACGAGCCCAUCUGACGAGCUCAGGCCGCUGCUGUCCGCGACUCUGCUCAACUUCUUCGGCUACCUCUUCAUCUCUUGGUUCUAUCGAGGGGUCAUCCCAAUCCGCACAUCCGAUGACAUCGACACGCCCGCGUCGCCGCUGCUCCUCGGCCUGCUGAUCCUGUCCAUGUUCAUGACGGGCGCGGCAGGCUCGGCAGGUCUGGCGGCCGGCAUGAAUGCUGUGGCCAAGUCAUUCCCCGACAAGUUACGCGCGUCGGCAACGGGAUCGGUCCUGGCCGGCUUUGGUCUCAGUGCAUUCUUCUUCAGCCAGAUCUCUCGCACGCUCGGAGGCAGCACGUCCGGUUUCCUGCGCGUGCUCGCCAUCGGCACCGCCGUGCCCAUGUUCAUCGGCGCGAUCCUCGUCAAGCCAUACCCGCCAGCUCAGCCGAGCGAGUACGAGCCCGUACACUGCGACGACCCCGACGACCACCGGGACGCCGACCUCAGUCUCUCGCGCCAGGUGUCGCAGGGCGUGCCCGCCGAGACGCUUGCACAGGACCCACCCUUCGGUAUCAGCAACGACCUGGAACUCGCGCGCAGCUCGUCCGGCUCGCUCGCCCACCGCAAUCACGAGCACGACGGCGACAGGGACUCGUCUCCGCCCACACCGACUGAACCGUUAUUACAGCGCAGCAUCGGGCACAAGCGCUACGACUCAAACGAGUCGCUGCCUCCAACCGCGAUCCACUAUUCGCCCUUUGACCUCAUCGGCCGCACCGACUGGUACCUGCUGUUCAGCAUUUUGGCGAUCUUGUGCGGUAUCGGGCUCGAGUGGAUCAACAAUGUGGGCGCUGUCACGCUCGCGCUCGCUCGGGACGGCUGGGACUAUGAUCCCAAGAAGGUCAAGGUGCUGCAGGCAACGCAGGUAUCGACGAUCUCGAUCUUCAACUGCCUUGGACGUGUCGUCGGCGGUGCGCUGAGUGACUUCAUGCGUUUGCGCUUUGGGAUCAAGCGGAUCUGGUUCCUCCCCCUCGUCGCGCUCAUGUUCCUCGGCAGCCAGGUAGCCGUUAUCGACACGGAGCAGGUGAAACACCUGUGGAUGGUCUCAGCCAGUCUCGGCUUCGCCUAUGGGUCGCUGUUCAACGCAUUGCCAAUGCUUGUGCUGGAAUGGUUCGGAAUGACCCACUUCAGCCAGAACUGGGGUUGGACUUCCGUCGCGCCCAUCAUCGGCGGGAACGUCUUCAACAUGAUCUUCGGCAAAGUAUACGACUCGAACACAGUUGGGCGUGUCGGGGAGCCCUCCGACCUGGGCCUGCCUGGCCUGGGGCAUUCGAUACGACGCUCCAGCAUCAGCGUCGGAGUUGCGCGAGACGCUCGAGACAUUUCCGGGGCGCUCGGACCGGUCUCUCGUGCAGUGCGAGCAGCGCUAGGCGCGUCAGGGCCUGCCCGUGGCGUCGUCACACGUGGUGGUGGGGCCAACGCUGGGGUGUCAGGGCUCGUUGCAUCUGCGGGAACGGCUGGUGACGCUGCCGGACCUGGUACCAUAGUUGCUCAGUUUGCGAGAGCUGGAACCGGGUCUGGCGACAGGUCGCAUGAGUGUCUCCUUGGCGCGGCAUGCUAUGCGACCGCGUUCAAGGUUUCUUCGCUCGGCUGCGUCGUCGCUCUGAUCCUCGCUAUCAUCGCGGGCGUGCGCCGCGAGCGCCGUGCGCACAGGCGAUAA